AUGGGCUCGUCAGCAUCAAAGGCUUCUCGGGCAGCUGGCUCUGCGGCGCGGAAAUACCCAGCCCGCCCAUCACCAUCAACGACGACCCAACCGCAACCACAAGCAGCUGCACCUUCUCCCUCGUCUACGUCCAACGCCCUACCGCAAGCACCUCCUGCACCUAGCGGACAGCCUGGUCCGACCGUGAAGCCUCGCCCACAAGCAUCCGGCGACCGAUCAGAAGCGAUCAAUCUUGAUGCCUCAGACCCAGACUUCGCCCAAUCUCUACGCUCAAUAGGGCCGGUACAGCCUAAUCCGACAUUGUCUCCGACAUCAGCUUUCAGUCCCGGUCAGAACAUAAGACCACAAGCCCCGAACCCGCGCUCAAAUCCUGCACUUGCCGUACUCGAGGCUCGCAGUAAGCUACAGGAUGGCGCGGACCGGGAGUUCCUGGAGGCGGGAAGAAGAGGUCACCAAGGCAGAGAGUUCCUUGAUGUGUACACAAUCAGACAGAUUCUGACUUUGAGAGACGAGCAGCGACGUAAGACAGAUGAUAUUGAAAAGGCGCUAGGCUUGAAGAGGGGCGUCGUGGACAGACUUGGUGCCAGCGGAGUUGUGGAGUUGGCACAGGAAACGGGCAGAGCACAAAGAGACAUCAACAUGGUGUGA